GAACCAGCACAAGAGGCGAGGGAGAUCCACCUUCAUCAGCAGAUGAACAAAGCAAAGAGGUUUCAAUCGGUAGACUGGUAACCAUGGAAGAAAGGGAAGAGGGUUUUUGAAAGAGAAAGCAAAUUAAAUUCAUUCAUGGAUACCAUCAUUAUCAACAUCAAUCAGCUCAGUAGAGUAGCUGCUCAGUGUUGAUUAGGGUGAUCCAAUGUUUCAUCGAUACCACCAUCAAUUUAGAUUUAAGAAUUCUGAUUUCGGUUUCAGUCAUAUCAAUUGGGGUUUGUACACAAUGGUGUUAUUUUACAUCCUCCAUUUACGAUGGACAACCUAUUGGAUGGACGUUAGAAGCUCAAUCAGGUUUAGGCCAAAGGAGGUAUGGCAGCUACAGUUAGGUUGGAGUUAGUCCAGAUGGUGUUAAAUUAAGUCUUCCAGUUCCACAAAUAUCAGCAGCAAGGAUGGUGUGAGACUCUUUCUUCAGUCAUUCUCUUGUAUGGAUAUUGAUGAAUCAGCUGUCAGGAAGAGUGGUGGAUUUUUGAGAGGCGGGUGGUGGUGCCUUAAGGCAUUGCCUGACAGAUUCAUAGACGAUGUAGUUGAAUUUGCACACAAGGUAGAGAAGCUUGGAAAGGAUGACCCCAGAAGGAUUAUUCAUUCCAUCAAGGUGGGAUUAACACUCUCACUGGUUUCUCUUCUGUACUUCUUUAGACCCGUCUAUGGUGGCUUUGGCUCCUCUACUAUGCCGGCUAUCUUAACAGUGGUAGUUGUCUUCGAAUUUAGUGUUGGGGCUACAUUGGGUAAAGGAUUUAAUCGAGCAUUAGCAACACUUUUAGCUGGUGCCUUAGGCUUUGGUGCUCAUCACUUGGCAACUCUAGCUGGAGACAAAGGGCAUCCUGCUAUUCUUUGGUUCUUUAUCUUCCUUCUAGCGGCUGUAGCAUCGUUUGUCCGUUUCUUUCCAGGGGUCAAAGCACGAUACGAUUAUGGGGUAUUGAUAUUUAUACUAACAUUUUGUUUGGUAUCAGUAUCUGGUGAUCAAGAAGAUGAGAUCUUAGAACUUGCUCACAAAAGGGUAUCAACUAUUGCUAUAGGUUGUUUAACAUGUGUGAUCAUGUCCAUAUUUGUGUUCCCUGUAUGGGCUGGUCAUGACUUGCACAAACUGAUUGCUCGCAACAUAGAAAAGCAAGCAGAUUUCUUACAAGGAUUUGGAGAACUAUAUUUCGGAAAAAAGGGGGGUACGGAUAUGUCAUGGCUUCAUGGAUACAGAAGUGUUUUGAAUUCUAUGACAGCUGAAGAAGCAAUGGCAAAUUUUGGUAGAUGGGAGCCACCUCAUGGAAAAUUCAGGUUUGGCCAUCCAUGGAAGCAAUAUCUGAAAAUUAGCGCAAUGACUCGGCAAUGCGCAUACAGGCUGGAAGCACUAAGCAACAGCAUCACCUCUGAAAUGAAAGAGCCAUCAGAGUUCAAGAAGAUAAUUACACUGUCAUGCAUGGAAAUAAGCGUUGAGUUAGGCAAAGCUUUGCAGGAAAUUUCCACGGCAAUUAAGGAUAUGAGAUACCCGUUUGCAGUUUCCACACACAUCAUGAACGCUAAAACUGCUGCUGAGGGUCUGCACAGAGCCUUAGAAGCCAUUACACUGGAUAGCACUAACAUCUUAGAGGAUGUCAUCCCAGCAGCCUCGGUCACUUCUCUACUACUUGAGAUUAUUGAAUGUACAGAAAACAUUGCAGAGUCAGUAAAGGUGCUUGCUUGCUUGGCAAAGUUCAAAGGUGCAGAUACCGUGUCCCAAGAGAAACCAACAAGAAGAUUGCUUCGUAGUGGAAACAUUAAACCACCACAUCAUGCCGAAAAUGAUUCAACUCAUGCUUUGAUUAUUGCUUAUGCAACCUCAAGUAUGGUGGAUUGACAAAAUCUAGAUGAACAUGUAAGAGCCAGUUAACGUGAAAUUGAGGUGAAAUUUGUUACAUAUGCAGUAACAAUAUCAGUUGUGAAUCCUUUACUGUAGUGUUAAGGUAGAAUUACAAUGUGAAUCCAGCUUAUAGCAUGCCAUUUUAUGAUCCUAUAGAUGAUAAGCAACAAUUUGUAUUGCGGACCAGAUUAGCUGGUCUAAUAGGUUCAAUCUUGAAUAAUUGCCAUGAACACUAAAAGUUUCUCUCUUGG